GUUCAACCGACAGGAUGGGGUUUCAUCUUAACUCCAGCGAAUAUCAUCUUUUCAACAACAGCUUCCGGGAGGAAUCGGUGGGGAGACCCUCAUUAUAUGACGACAUAAUUUUCAUAAUGUACGGAGUAGUAGUGCCACUUGUGGUAGCUUUCGGUUACGUGGGGAAUAUUUUGACGGCAGUGGUUUUAAAGAAGAAGACAAUGAAGCCCAUCACAAGUAUUUAUCUACAGGCAUUGGUGUUGUCCGACAUUGCCUUUAUAACCUGUGCAUUCGUUGCUUUAUCUGUGCCAAUACUACUAGCAGUGUGCCUGAAUCCUGAUAUUGGUCUUAAUGUCUUCAACACCCGCGGAUACAUCGUGAUCAACUUCUUCCUUAUGACGUCACAGUUAUGUAACGAGUACAUUUUAGUUCUGGUAUCUAUUGACAGAUAUGUAUGUGUGUGUCAUUCACAAAUGCACGCCCGAAUCUUCUCAAGGUUCAAAGUUCGUGUGUCCAUUUUUGGGGUACUGUUUUUCUCGGCGCUUUACAAUAUCCCACGAAUACUGGCGGUGAAGAUAGAAGAAUCGCCGUGCUACAACAGUAGCAGCACUGUAACUUGCUACUCUGUUUAUCUCACAGAGUUUGGAGAGAGUUUCUUUUAUCAGAAAGUAUAUGCUGUGUGGAUAUAUGCCGGGAUCAAUUUUGUGAUUCCUAUUAUGGUUUUGUUAAACCUUAACAUUUUCAUUGUGAGAAAAUUGAUGAGAAAACGUCUCAAGCGCAAACGACUAGGACUAAGAAGGAAUUCCGCCAAGGACCAUGUCACACUUGUGCUCAUACUGAUCAUGACAAUAUUCACCCUGAUACAGACUCUCGGAUUUAUCAACCAGGUCUACUAUAUGUACACGUUUGAGGAUAGUCAUACAAGAACGUAUUUAGUUGAUAUUGUGAAUGUUUUAUACGUUAUUAAUUCAAGCAUCAAUUUCAUUAUUUAUAUUGUCAUAGGAGAAAAGUUUCGAGGGACUUUCUCACAACUCGUUAAAUCUAAAUGUAUCGGUGUUUCAUACAGACAUUAAAUCCGUCCCAGUUGGCGCCGUGAACUUUUGUGCCUCGAUUUUAAUUAUGUUCAUUCCAUCAUUGACACAUUUAACUUCAUUGAAUGAUUUGUCUUCGAUGUGUAGUGUUUGAGACAUUUCUGUCAUUCUGUGGACUAUCAGACACCAAUACAUUCCAAAUAUCAUACAUCCUUCCUUUUCAACAUUUCUGGAAGAUUUCCUGAGGAAAUUAUAUUUGUGCAACUACAUGUGUAGAUGUUCUUAUUCUUGCUUAAAUGUGAUAAUUAAAAAAAAAGAUAAAAAAUAAAAUGGAAUAAAUAAAAAUUUACACUAGCGUAUGCAAGGAUGAUAUAUCUUUAAAAAGAACAUGCAUGUGUAUUGCUGUAAAAGUACAGAUAGCACUCAGUAAUUCAAAAUUCCUAUCUAUGACGAGAACUAAAGGGAUUGUUCCUCCAAUCAUUUAUUAUUAAUAUUCCAUUACCGGGAUGGUACUUUCAAUUAGAGUAAUAUCGUAAUUAAUAAGGUGUCUAGUGAUAAUAUCCCGUCCAUGGUUCUAUUCAUUACCUGGAGCAACUUUAUUUGAAUAAUUUAAGACUGUAAGUUAAUUUAGGUAUAAAUAUCGAUCAAAAUGUGCAGCAAGUACAGGUAGGGCGAGCUCUGCGCACGUAGUGUUUUACUAUUUUACGUUGGUUUAAAGCCAUAUGGUCUACGAUAUCCACGUGGAAAUACAUGGCAAGUUGAAUAAAUGAAAAUGAAAAAUACGUUUUGUUAUUAUCGUACCGAUAAUAAUAACCUCCGAUUUUCUACAUUCAAACAUCGCAUUUUCGUGUAAUAUUCAAGGAAAUAGAAAGUUUCAUACGUUUUUGCCAUUACACAUAAUUUAGAUAUAUAUAUAUCAAUUAAAAUAGACGAUGUUUUUGUGGGGAAUUAUCGAAGAUCACUUGCGUUUAAAGACAAUUCGAGUGUUUGUUGAAAUAAACCAUAUCUGUUCAA